CCAUCCAUCCAUCCGUCCCGCCGCCGCCCGCCCCGCCGGGAUCCGGGGCAGCACCUCCCGCUUCCAGGUAGCAGACGGCUGAGAGGAGCAGAUCUUCCCCUAGAGGCACAAAGCACCUGAGAGCUCUGCUUCUGCCCAGCUGGAGAGCCUGCCUGGCUUGCCCAUGGCUAGCAACAACACUGCUAGCAUAGCCCAAGCUCGCAAGCUGGUGGAGCAGCUGAAGAUGGAGGCCAACAUCGACAGGAUAAAGGUGUCAAAAGCAGCAGCAGACCUGAUGGCCUACUGUGAAGCCCAUGCCAAGGAGGACCCUCUAUUGACCCCCGUGCCAGCCUCAGAAAACCCCUUUAGAGAGAAGAAGUUCUUCUGUGUGAUCCUGUAAAGCCUCCAGGAGCCUGACCAGCAUUCAGGCCACCCUGAACACUGAUGUAGAGUUUUUAGGAAUGGGGAUGACCUGCUGGGCUGCAGAAUCUCAACAAGAUCAACAACAAAAAUAAGUAAAAUAUACGGCCUGGGAGCUACAGAGAUGUGCAUGUGUAAAGAACCUGGCCACCUUUUUUUGGGGGGGGGAAUAAGAUGAUCUGCAUUGUGAGGCAAAAGGUCUGAAGUUUGUAGAGUUGCCUAGAGAGAAAAAAAAAAAAAAAAAAAA